GAACCUUGUCUUGAUUUCUUUUCAUACACCAUCCACCGGGCGAAGCUGUUGGCCGGCGGCAUCGUCGACGACAGACCGCGCGGCGGCGAUUCCGACCCAUCCAUGGGGCGGCCGCCGUGCUGCGACAAGGAGAGCGUGAAGAAGGGGCCGUGGACGCCCGAGGAGGACCUGGUCCUCGUCUCUUACGUCCAGGAGCACGGCCCCGGCAACUGGCGCGCAGUCCCCGCCAACACAGGGCUGCUGCGGUGCAGCAAGAGCUGCCGCCUCCGGUGGACCAACUACCUCCGCCCGGGCAUCCGCCGCGGCGGCUUCUCCGACCAGGAGGACAGGCUCAUCGUCCACCUCCAGGCGCUCCUCGGCAACCGCUGGGCCGCCAUCGCCUCCUACCUCCCCGACCGCACCGACAACGACGUCAAGAACUACUGGAACACGCACCUCAAGAAGAAGCUCCUCGCUCAGCAGCAGCAGCAGCUGCGCGCCUCGCCGUCGCCGCCCAAGGGGCAGUGGGAGCUCAAGCUGCAGACCGACAUCAACCUCGCCAGGCGCGCCCUGCGCGACGCCCUCUCCAUCGACGCCGGCCCGCCAGGGAUGGCCGUCGCGGGCUCGGCGGCGCCGGCGCCGUCCGCCGGCCCAGCAGCGCCACAACAAGCGUACGCUCUCACCGCGCGCAGCGUCGACAGGAUGAUGCUGGACGGGUGGGCGGCGGCGGCUCCAGCGGCAGGGAGGAGGAGCUGCGUCGUCGGUGGCACCGUCGUCAUCCCGGCCCCGGCGACGACGCCCGGCGCGGCCGAGAGCGCGUCGAGGUCGUCGUCGGAGCUAACGACGGCGGAGUGUUCUGCCUCCAUCUCCAGCGCCUCCGAUCAGCGCGCCGCGCCGGUGGCCGACCACCAGCUGCUCGCGUCCGAGGAGAAUAAUUAUACGGCGUCGGCCGUGCAGCAGGGAGAGGUGCCGCUGUCGGCGAUCGAGUCGUGGCUGCUGGAGGACGCCGGCGCCGGCGAGCAGAAGCUGGCGCACGAUGGCCCCCUGCUCGAUGCCGCGCUGCAUAGUUUUGGCUUCUAGUAAAAUGUCAAAAUGUGUUACUAGAAAUCGAGUGUGGUUAAUUAUGCCAGUCGGUGCCACUACUAGCUAGUCCUUUUCUGCCCUACUAAUUUAGCUCACUAGCUGUUCUACUUGUCAUCCGUAGUACACAGAUGACGAUUUGUGUCACUGCAUGAAGCAAUGUGCAAGUGGGUGAUCGUGAUAUAUAUACUACGUCGAAAGU